AUGUCGACAAUAAACGCUGAAGACAACAGGGAUUCCUGCACAUCUUUCAAUGGACUGAACGAUUUUGAUCAGGAGAGAUCAGACUCAUCUGCCCCCAGUGUUUUGUCCAUGAAGAGUGAUCGAUCAAUGCAAAUGCCAAUUCACUUAACAAAUAAAAUAUAUCUUCCACAUCUAAGUUCUGUGGAGAGAUCAGACUCUUCUGGCCCUAGUGUUUUGUCCAUGAACAGCGAUAGAUCAAUGCAAAUGCCAAUUCAUUUGAAAAAUGGAUCAAUGGAAAAAAGUGUUGAUCAGGAGGGAUCAGACUCAUCUGCCCCAAGUGUUUUGUCUAUGAAGAGCGACCGAUCAAUGCAAAUGCCAAUUCAUCUGAAAAAUGGAUUAGCUCCAUUGGGAAAAAGUUUGGUAGACAGAUCAGACUCUUCUGGCCCAAGUGUUUUGUCCAUGAAGAGCGACCGAUCAAUGCAAAUGCCAAUUCAUCUGAAUGGAUCACUUCCACCGAGACUAAGAAGUGAUUCAGAAAUGCCUGACAUCAAAAUUCAUAGAUUAAAAUCAGAAAUAAAAAAGAAGCAUCUGUACAUUUUGGAAGGAUUUGCAAAGCAGGGAAACUCAACACUUCUGAAUGAGAUCUACAUAGACCUCUACAUCACAGAGGGAGGAAAUGGAGAGAUCAGCAAUGAACAUGAAAUUAAAAGAAUAGAAAAAACAAUGAAGACUGCAGCAGGAGCAACAAUACCAAUCAAAUGCAAUGAAAUCUUCAGACCUUUACCUGGACAAGACAAACCCAUCAGAACUGUUCUGACAAAAGGAGUCGCUGGCAUUGGAAAAACAGUCUCUGUGCAGAAGUUCAUCCUGGACUGGGCUGAAGGACAAGAAAAUCAGGACGUCCAGCUCAUAUUUCCACUUCCUUUCAGAGAACUCAAUCUUAUGAAGGACAAAACACUCAGCCUUUCAGAUCUUCUUUAUGUCUUUUUCCCUGAAACAAAAGAAAUAGAAAUAUCUAGUGACAGAUAUAAAGUGUUGUUCAUCUUUGAUGGUCUGGACGAGUGUCGUCUGUCUCUGGAUUUUCAGAGCGAUGUUGGGUUGUGUGAUGUAAGUGAAUCAGCAUCAGUGGACGUGCUGCUGAAGAACCUCAUUGUGGGGAAUCUGCUUCCCUCUGCUCUCAUCUGGAUCACCUCCAGACCAGCAGCAGCUGAUCUCAUCCCCUCUGAGUGUGUCCAUCGAGUGACAGAGGUACGAGGCUUCAGUGAUCCACAGAAGGAGGAAUACUUCAGGAAGAGAAUCAGAGAUCAGAGUCUGGCUGAUAGGAUCAUCUCACACCUGAAGUCUUCAAGGAGUCUCUACAUCAUGUGUCACAUCCCAGUCUUCUGCUGGAUCUCAGCCGCUGUUCUGGAGAAGAUGUUGAGUCAAGCAGAGAGUGGAGAGAUUCCCAAGACUCUCACUCAGAUGUACACACACUUCCUGAUGGCACAGAUUAACAUCAAACAUGAGAAGGACUAUGAGAAGAACGUGACAGAUGAAGACAUGAUCCUCAAACUGGGGAAAGUGGCUUUUCAGCAGCUUGUAAAAGGCAACCUGAUCUUCUAUGAGGAAGACCUGAGAGAGUGUGGCAUUGAUGUGACAGAAGCAUCAGUUUACUCAGGAUUGUGCACUCAGAUCUUCAGAGAGGAGUUUGGCUUGUAUCAGGGGAAGGUCUUCUGCUUUGUUCAUCUGAGCAUUCAGGAACAUCUCGCAGCUCUAUAUGUGCACCUCACCUUCUGCAACAGCACAAUAAACGUGCUUGAAGCACAUGAAUCAGAAAAGCCUGUAACAAUGUUGAGUUUACACAAGUGUGCAGUUAACAAAACUUUACAAUGUAAAAACGGACAUCUUGAUCUUUUCCUUCGCUUCCUCAUGGGACUUUCAAUGGAGUCAAACGAGAGCCUUUUGGUGAAAAGAGGGCUUUUGGUGAAGAAGGCCAACUUCUUCCUGGAAAGAGAGAAAACUACUGAGUAUCUCAAGAAAACGUUAAAAACAAUCCCUUGCUCAGAAAUGACUCUUGUUAUUAUCCACUGUCUAAAUGAACUCAAGGAUCAAUCCCUCAUUAUUGAAAUCCAAAGCUACCUGACCUCUGGAAAAAUAAACAGAGACACUCUUCUCCCUCAUCAGUGGUUGGCUCUAGUGUACAUCUUAAUGACAUCAAGUGAAAAGUUUGAGGAGUUUGACCUUCGUAAAUACGGAAGAUUGGACGCAGCCCUGCUUUGGCUGCUUCCUGUGAUCAAGUUGUCAAAAAAGAUCUGGUUGAAUGACUGUAAUAUCACAUAUAAAGGCUGUGCAACGCUGUCUACGGUUCUUUCAUCACAAUCCAAUGUGAGAGAAAUGGACCUGAGCCAUAACAACCUGCAGGACUCAGGAGUGGAAAUACUCUGUAUUGGAUUAAAGAAAUUACCCAACGUGGAAUCACUGGUGAAGGAAUGGUUCAGCAUUAAACAAAUCGAUGUUCAUGAAAUGGUUAAGCAAGGGAACAUAAAUUAUGAAGAUUAUUUAUGUCUCACUGCUGGACUAGAAGACACGGACUGUAGACUGGAAUAUUUGAAUCUGGAGAACUGUAAAGUAACAGAAGCAGGUUGUGUUUACCUGAGCAAAGCUCUGAGUUCAAACCCUUCUCAUCUGAGAGAGCUGGACCUGAGCUGGAAUGAAAUAGCAGACUCUGGAGUGAAACAUCUCUGUGCUGCUCUGGUGAAAGUUCACUGUGCACUGGAAACACUCAGGUUGGACAAAUGUGAAAUCACUGAGAAAUGUAGCACCGCUUUAGCUUCAGCUCUCGGCUCUCAGACCUCCAGUCUAACAGAACUGGAUCUGAGCAUGAAUUAUCUACAAGACUCAGGGGUGAAGAAGCUCUGUCUCGGACUAACAAGUCCUCACUGUAAACUAGAGAAGCUAAGGUUGUCCAAGUGUAAAGUUUCACAUGAAGGUGUGACAGCACUGAUUGAAGCUCUGAAAUCAAAUCCAUCUCUCCUACAAGAACUUGAUCUCCUUGAGAAUGAUCUGGAAGAGUCAGACUUAAAUGUGCUCCGCAUGAUUUUGGAAAAGUCAUCAUAAAACAGUGAUCAAUUAGAUAACUCUAGAAAUAAAGACUCAAGCUUUUAACAUUGUGAGUAGUAAUCAUACAUGAGACUGUGAAAUCAUGAUACCAAAUUAUGAUGCAUUCUAACUAAAAAUUCUAAUUGUCAUCAUUUAUUCACCCUUGUGU